UGCGCAGCCUGUUGCCGUUGACGACUAGAACAGGCAGACCCUCGUGUCACGCCCGCGUGGGUCACGUGACAAGGAAAAACAAAUGCGCGCACUUCGGUAACCCCAACUGUCUCUCCACACUGGUGUAAAGUGUUUGGUCUGUGCUGCUUUUACUGCUCGGUACAGGGGUGAACUGAUUUAAUACGAUGCAAAAUGGCGCCAGAAAACCAGAUCCAGUCAGACCGAGACCGAGCAGCGUCAGUUCAGGUGCUGACAGAAGACCAGUCCGCCAAGUUCACACCAGAAAGGUUCUUUACAGGGUUGGAUACAGCUGGAACAAAGGUGGAAGACUCAAGGAGCUGAGGAUAAGGCACUUGGCAAGAAAGUUCCUGAAGAUAUGGAUACACAACACCUUCGGCCGAAUUCUUCCUCAUAAAGCCAGGUCCCACUAUAACAGCGUGGUGCUGAGACAGGCCUUUGAAGGAUGGAGAAACGAGUGGUGGACGUCCAGGAGAGAGUGGAGUCUUACCAUGCGAGCAGACUGUCACUACAGGUAUUAUCUGUACAACCUGGCAUUUCACAGCUGGCGAAGGUUUAUGUCAUUGCAGUGGGAGAAGAAGAGAAAGAUCCAAAUUGCUCAGUCAUUUGCUGACAGACAACAGAUGCAUCUGGUUUUGGAACGAUGGGAAGUUUUCAUAGAAAUGAGGCGAAUGAAGAACAGAAUGCUUGAAUCUGCCCUCGAACAGAACAGACUCGCAACCCUGCGUUCAGCGUGGAGCUUGUGGCAGGCUCGGCUGCAGCAGCAUCAAGACCUUCAAGCUUUAGAGGAUCAAGCCGUGAAACAGAGCGCGCUAGCUUUACGGAGAAGGACUUGGCUUCAGUGGAAAGAAAUGCACACGGCUGCUUGUUGCCAGAAAGAGAAAGAAUCCAGAGCUACACUUCACUUCAUCCUCAGACUGAAAAGAAAAACAUUGCAUCACUGGAAAAGUUAUAUGGCUCAUCUCCAAACCAAGAAAGAGUCUCGAGCUGUGGCUCAACGUGCUCACAAUCUCCGCCUGGUGACGAUGUGUUGGAGUAAAUGGAUUGGUGCGCUGCAUCAUAAGAGGGUCGAGGAAGACCGUUUGCAAACUGCAGAGCACUUGGCCAUACGGAGCACCCAGCGCAGAGCACUGGAGCGCUGGAGAGCUUAUGUGACAUUGUGCAGAGAAGAGGCUGAAAGAUACAGGAUUGCAAGUCAACAUCAUCAUCAUCAUCUACUGCGAGCUGGACUGCAGGGACUUUCUCUUAAUGUUCUCAGGAACAAGACACACAGACUGAACAACAACAUGGCUGUCCAACAUCAUCAUCAAACUAUGACAUGCAGGUACUGGAGGCUGUGGCAGGACCGUCUGGAGGAGGCUGAAGACAAGAGUUUUCAACACCUAACAGAAAUGGCACUGACCAAUCACAGAGCAGUCCUGUUGAGCAGCUGUUUUCACCACUGGAGAGAGAAACUUGCUGAACAAAGACACAUGAAGGAAUUGGAGUGUCGUGCAGACAUUUGGUUUGCUGAACGUAUGUUGCCUCGGUGUUUCGACUCGUGGGUUGAGUUUACUCUGCAGAGAAGACUCCAUAAGCAAAUGAAACACAAAGCAGAAGUCUUUAAUCGGCAGCGUCAGUACACUUCAGUGUUUUACACCUGGUGGGGACGUUCAGAGACGCAUAAGGAGCAGAUGCUUUCUGAGCGGAUGGCAAUUCUACACGAGGAGCGCUGCCACUUGCAGAGAGCCUGGACUCGCUGGAGGGAACGGACGGAGCAGCAGAUGGAGGAAGAGGAGAAACAGAAGGCUUCAGACCGUCUGUACCUGCACAGACUUCUCCACAAGACGAUGACACAGUGGAAGGACAACAGCACUGAGAUACGAGACAGGAGAGAUCGAGAGCAGCAGGCUUGUCAUCAGGGUGACCUGCGCUGCAUGAGAUGGGCUGUGGAAAAAUGGAAAAAGUUUGUUCAUAGCCAGAGAGUGAAGAAAAGCAGACUGAAGCAGAUGCAGCGUUACCAUGAAGUGAAGCUCCUCAGACGCACGUUUGUGGCCUGGAAGGAACGCCACCUGCAGAUGUGUCAGAUCCACAGUGAAGCAGAGGAACUUUACAGGCAACAAAAACAGAACUUUCUUAGGUCAGCUCUGUGUGUGUGGAGGGAGAACUCAGUGCUGCUGACGGAGGUCAAGCUCAAAGAGCAACAAGCACAGAAUCACUUUCAGCAUUUCCUUCAACUCAAGGUGUUUCGUGCUUGGCGAGAAGCAACAACGUGUGCAGUGUCAAAGCGCCACCAGCAGGAGGAAGCAGUUAGCAAGGUUCAGAGGUCCAUAAAUCAAGCUCAGCAGCUGCGGUCUUUCAGACGAUGGAGGGAGCGAACCAGGGAGGCUCGGAGAGAGAGGAUAUGUAUGGAAAAAGCCAGGCAGCACCAUGACUCCAACCUCCUUUCUAAAGCACUGUGCACCUGGAAUAAGCAUCACAGCCAGUGUCAGAAAAACAAGGUAAUGAAACGACAGGGAAUCCUUCUGCUGAGAUUAAAGAUGUACCAGAAGUACUUUGAACAGUGGAAGAUAAAGCUGCAGCACAGACGGAGAGAAGCUAAGCAGACGGAGCGAGCGCUCUGGCACUGGUCCCUCACUCUUCAGGCCAAGGUGUUGUGUGAAUGGAGGCUGUGGGUCACAGAGCAGCGCAGAAAACAGGAGCAGGCAGCCAGAGCUGCACAGGUCUACAGAGACCAGUUGCUGAGGGAGGGCGUGACGUGCAUCCUCUCAUACGCUGCUCACAUGAACGACCUCACAACCAGCUUAACACAAUAUAGCCAAGAGCAGAAGUCAAGACAUCUCCAGAGAGUCGUGAAGCGCUGUGCUAUGCGGUGGAAGCAUCGGGCGCUGAGUAAACCACAAAGAGAGCCAGAGGUCAAAAGGCAACCACUGAAAAAAAGCGUGACCUUCUGUUUGACGACACCUGGACUGAAGAAUGUGUCCCCGUCUGACUCUGUGGAGCAGGAAGCUGAAGAUGGGCUGCUAAGCCAGCUGGUAUUCAGCCGUAUGCCUCGACGUCAGCCACGGCGCUGCGUGGAACUGUUUGAUUCUCCACCGAAAAUAAACACUCAGAAACAGACUGUCAUCACCGGCGCUGGACCCGCUCCAUAUCCGUCGCAGCUCAGUCGUCCCUCUCAGGAAGUCCAUCACACAGCAUCGUCCUGCCUCCAUCCUGCUAAAGUUCCUGUUGCCUCCACACGUCAGAGCAUCAUCACAUCUAACGUGUCACCCUCUGAACCUUACACAUCCACUAAGGACUGCCCUCAAGAAACCCAAAACCAGGAUGUUCUUUUACCUCCCUCUGCUUUCAUGACUACUGGGACUGAAGAUACGUUGGGAAAGUCUAACUGCUCAGGUUUUGGUGGAGAUGUUCCACUCGUGCCUCUUCAUCAGUUUGUGCCUCCUGUUAAAUACUCGUCAGCUUAUUCAGACGUACAUCCGAGAGCAUCCGGUGGAGAAACUGCAGAAGAUGCAGCGACGGAUUCAACAUUAGCUCUGACUGGAGAACUGCUCAGCAUUCAGCAGGACAUGACGACAUACCAACAGGACAGGAAGCAGCUCCGGGCAUGGCAAAAACUAAAACAGGUGUUACAAAGUUGGUUGCAGACCAGUGGAAAAGACGAACACAUGGAGAAAAGUGCUGUUUGUCAAGAGCUGAAGGAGUUGGAGGAGCGCAUCGACAGACUGUCCGCUGACCUGGCGAAACGGAAACCAACAAUGCUGCUACACGCAGAGAGGAUCCAGCACUUACAGACUGCCCUCCAGGAUGCAGGAGUUUCUUUUCUCCGUCGGAAAAUAGAAGAGACAGAAACAGAUCGCUCUGUGUUUACAGCAUGACAGGAAAUAGUGCCUCACACACUUAAGUGAUUUCACCUGCUGAUUGUUUGGGCUGUUUAUCUGCAGAGAUCAUAUGUCUAAAAAUAACACAAAGACUGACACAAGGAUUGGAAGAGAAAUCUGUUCACCAGCUGAAACUGAACAUUUUUACUGCACAGCUGGUGGGAAAACAGAUAUUUUAAUGUCCACAAAUACUAUUUAUUCCUGUUGAUGAUGAUGUAAAUUGUCUGAAAAUUGACUGAGCAUUAAGCCAAGCUCCUCACAGCAGCUUUCCCUGCUACAUCUACACUUAAAGUCUGCGAGAGCUUUGGAUAGGGGUCGUCCUUGUGACAGAUGGUUCUAAAUAUUUUCCAUAUGUGUGCAGAAAGUCACUUUACUGGUUUCAGAGGAGCUGCCCUUGCGCAAGAGGCUUUCUAUUUAUCCGUUAGUACCAGCGUCUCUAAUGCUUUGGGAAAUCUAUGCAGGAGUUUCAGGGAUUUGAGACAGAAAGGACAGCUGUCUGUUGUGCUCUGCAGACAUCUUGAGACAGAUUUGUCUGAGUCUUUUAUCUACAGCAGGGCAGCAUGCGAGGACUUUUGCUCUUUUUCAUCUUUGCCUGCUGCAGCAGGGGUGAGUUAUGUUACUGAACUAGUUAUUUAAUGUUUAUUAUCUUGUUGAAUGUUCAAGGUGUUUUAUUCUUUUGUACAUUUGGCUUUUGGCUCUUGUUACCCUCUUUCUGGAACUUUUUAUGGACAUUAUUAAAACAGGUUAAAACAUUACAAA